AUGGGGAUGCGAUGUCAAGUGUGGGGCUUGACUGCGCUAUUGCUCCUGAAGUACACCGCCAGGGCAUCAGUGCCGCCAGCAACAUCUCGGUCGCCCGACUUGUCAGUGCCAGACCGAGUGGCUGGCGCGCUGUGGGGCCUUUUUGUCGGCGAUGCUUUGGCCAUGCCAGUGCACUGGUACUAUGGUGGCCCAGAUCAAAUCCGCCAUGACUUCGGUGGACAGCUCCUAUCUAGGUUCGAAAAAUCUGUCCAUCCAUUUCCUGAUUCGAUCAUGCAACUGAGCAACACUGGUGGCGGUGGUCGGGGCAGUGACCAGGGAGAUGUGGUGGGAGGGGUCAUCCUCCAUGACAAGAAACAGUAUUGGAGAAGAGGUGGCCAGUUUCACUACCAUCAUACCCUAAGUGCAGGAGAAAAUACGUUAGAAGCGAUGCUGGUCCGAGAGAUGAUGCAUAGCCUUACAAGCACUGGGGGGCGCUUCAGUGCAGAAGACUUUCGCCAGCGCUACGUGAAAUUCAUGACAACUCCAGGGAGCCACAAUGACACAUAUGCCUCCACCUGUCACCGAAUGUUCUUUGAAAAGUGGAGAUCUGGGGUGCCACCAGCAGAGUGUCCGGACAACGAUGGUCACAACGUUGACACCAUCGAUGGCUUGGUCCUUCCGAGUGUGGUGGCCCUCGCAACCUUGGCGCGUGGUGAGAGCGUGGAAGAAGCCACGAGACAGGCGACAGAGGCACUAGCGGUGACGCGUGCGUCCAGUGUGCUGCCUCAAUACCUGCACAUUAUGGCGACCUUCCUUUCAAAGGAGCUGUGCUCAUAUUUGGAACUGGCUGCAGAGGGUAAUCCCACAGAUGCAGCUGCAGAGCUGUUCGCAGAGGAGGCCAACAUUUCAUCUCUGCAAGAGCCAUACGUUGGAGCCAGCCUGGCUCUUCACUUUGCAUCUCCAGGUGUGGCGACCUUCAUGGCCCAGAUCUUUGCCGAGCUGGCGAGGGCAGCUGGACUUCAGCUGUGUGGAUGGGACCUCUACCAUGGGCAUAUGGUCCUUUUCUCCCAUGCUAUGAGUUCCAACGGCGUUGAUCUUGGAGUUCUCUUCCACGCAAGAGAGCACCCAAAAGAGUUUACCAAUCGCAUGGGGCCGGUCCUUCCGGUUUGUUCCCCAGAGAGCGGUGGUGCACGCGAUCCACGGCGUGGGACGCUGCUGUCCAUCCAGGAUCCCAGUUUUCAGGAUCGAAACUUCCUCUGGUUGUUGUCUCUGAAUGCGUGCUUCCGGAUCAAUCUGAGAAGAUGUGCCUCUGUGGCGGCGCAAGGUACGUCUCGAGAAGUGCACUCUGAGUUCUCCAAGCUGCUGGCACCUGGUGCAUCUGGAUCGUGUUUUUUCACAGUAGAUGAGGCAAAUUUUGGGACUCAGCUGGGCACUAUAUGUUAUUUGCCAAAGGAUCAUGACCCUGCAGUGCCGGUUCAUUGGCAAGAUGGACCUGGUUUGUCAGACCUUCUUUGCAUCCCAUGCCACGGCUUUCCAUCUGACUGGCAUUUGGCACGUGCUUUGAAGCAACAAGAUGAAGAGGAAGCUGUUCGAUCCUUGGCCACAAUUGAUGCCGAACUGCUGGCGCUGCUUAAGCAUGAUGAAACACAUGAAUCACGGCGAUGCCUUCGGUUGGGAAGUGCACGCCGGCGACGCCAACUGCUUUCAUUUGCAGAGGCGGAGUUAAACCGCCGCAAUGAACAGCUUGAGCAUGACAUGCAGAAGCGUCAGUGCGAGGCAACGCGCCAGUUGGUAUCUCGUGGCUUCUCCUGGACUGACAUUCAGGAGGUUCUACCAUAUUGUGAAGGAAGCGCAGUGAGAUGUGAAGCUGUGCUGCGGGUGGCUUUUGCCAAGUACCGCUCCAGCGGGGAGCAGGCGGCAGCUGGCGACCUCGGCAAUAUAGAAGUGGUGAAAGCAAAUCGCACACUUUUUGGCAUCUCAAACUGGCUUGGUGGCUGCCCAACACUGGCGCUGCAAGCGCUAUACGUGGCCAAAGCUGUGCCACUGGAAGAUGCAGUUGCGGGCAUUGCAAAGGAGCAAGAGGCUAAAUUUCGAGCUGAUUGCCAUCUUCGCCUGGAAGCUGCACUCAAAUCCAAGCAACAACCCCCGGAUCGACGGAUCACCCCUUCCCCUUGCUCAUGCUGGAGCUGUUUUCACCUCUCAGCCGGACAGCUCCUCAGCAGGCUCUGUGUUUCGCUGCGCUGUGGAGAUGCGGAGGGUGAAAAGAGAGUGGCAGUGCGAGGGAUAUGA